GUUCCACCUCCUCGUAUUGCAGACAUGUUACUUCGGUCUGAUUUGGAGCAGAGUGGUUCCUGCAGGGGGAUGGGGGAUACAGCUGAGAAGCAGGUCAUGCUGGAGUCCACGUCAUAUCAAAAGGAUAUAGACCUGUCUAUACCCCCAUCCCCACAAGGCAGGGGCCUUCAGUCUUCGAUCCCCGCGGAAGGAUAUCCCAUGAACAAAAUGUCAGCUUUCAGCAUACGAAAACAGUCUCCUAAUCAAAGCGAUAAUAAGAGCCCCUCUGUUGCAAUUAAAAGCAGACAACAGGCUACUCAUGAUAUUAAUAAACGACGGACUCUUUUGCAAGAUAACAGCUGGAUAAAGAAGAGGCCUGAAGAGGAAACUGCUGAUGAAAACUAUGGAAGGGCUGUGCUUAAUCAAUACAAAUCGCAAGAUAGCCUACACAGUAGCACAAAUGAAAAGGAAGAUCAGAAGGCUGUACUUGGACGAUACCAGUCUGAUACUACCUUGGACAGAAUUCCAGCCAGAAGUGAUAUUGACAAAAUAAAUAAGUCCCCAACUCUGAAUAAUAAGCAAAGCAACAGGCAAUCGUGGAUGCCUCCACCAGUUUCGAGCAGUAAGACCACGACAGAAACAGUGGAAACCAAAUGGAUCACUUCAGAAAAUUCAGAGGUUCCAACGAUGGCUGCCUUUUCAUCAGAACAGGUGACCUCUCAGAAAUUAAAGACUGAUGUGGAUGAUGAAGCUACAACAAGGAACCAAGAUCUCGAUAACUUCAUCAAAGUGAAUCCAAGUUCUUUCAUAAAUGACAAGGAAGAUGAGGACGUUGGUGAUCACACUGAAGUAAAGUCUGCUGAGGACCAAAGCAAAAAGUGGAUAACUGAGCAAGCAUAUGAAAAUCCUUCAAGUGCCCCAAAUAAUCUCCCAGAAACAAACUACUCCAGAGACAGUGAAAGAAAGACCAGCAAAUCAUCAUAUGGUGCCUAUGAAGAAAAUAUAACUGGAAAUACUAUCAAAACUGUUUACUCUACUUCUGAUCGGAGUAUAAUUGGAAAAGAUAUAUGUACAUACUGCAGGAAGCCCUUGGGCAUAGAUGCCAAAAUGAUCUUAGAUGCCUUGCAAAUUUGCUGUCAUUCGACUUGCUUCAAGUGUGAAGUAUGUAAAAGACCACUGGAAGAUCUGAAAGCAGGAGACAGCAUUUGGAUUUACAGACAAACCGUGCAUUGUGAGCCUUGCUAUUCCAAAGUCAAAG